GGCUCGGCCGCGCUCGGCUCGGCUCGGCUCGGCCCCGCCCCGCGGCGCGGGCUGUCACUGCGGCGGAGUCGCGGCGGCGCCGCCAUCGCGGGCAGAUGCAGGCGAUCAAGUGUGUGGUGGUGGGCGACGGAGCUGUAGGGAAGACCUGCUUGCUGAUCAGUUACACCACGAAUGCUUUUCCUGGAGAAUACAUCCCCACUGUGUUUGAUAACUAUUCUGCCAAUGUCAUGGUAGAUGGAAAGCCAGUAAACCUAGGCCUCUGGGAUACAGCAGGGCAAGAGGAUUAUGACCGACUGCGGCCUCUUUCCUAUCCACAGACGGAUGUUUUCUUGAUCUGCUUCUCCCUCGUGAGUCCAGCCUCCUUUGAGAAUGUCAGAGCCAAGUGGUACCCUGAGGUCCGACAUCAUUGCCCAAAUACACCCAUCAUCCUGGUGGGCACCAAGCUGGACUUGAGGGAUGAUAAGGACACCAUUGAAAGGUUACGUGAUAAGAAACUGGCCCCCAUCACAUACCCCCAAGGUCUGGCCAUGGCUCGGGAGAUUGGUUCCAGCCCUGCUGCCCCUCUUCUCCAGCAAGACUAGGCCUGUGUCAUUGUUUUCUAUCCAGUUUACAUCUAUGCAGUACUAAUAUGAAAAUUAAGGCCAGCUGUGAAGUGCAGGUGCCAUCUUAGGAGACAAGAAAUCCCCCAUCAACCAUCAGGGAGCUGCCAGUUGUCAUAGCACUCUUAUCACUCAGCAGGAAGAGAAUGCUGUUCACCACAUCAUCCACCUCUGGAACCAGACACAGAGAACAUCUGAUGCACACCUCAAAUUGUACUAGAAAAGGUAUGCCUCUGACCUCUACACAUAACUGCAGCAGGGAAGUGUCUCUGUCCCCCACUGUUCUUGAUGCAGUCAGUAUAUAGGACAGUGUAUCUGGGAGCUGAACAUCAAAAACUCCUUGUUGUGGUACUUCAUUCACAGCAAGCACCUGUGCUCCCCUCCCAGUCAUAUUUAUAAACAAUAUAAUAGUACAUUUCACUUGUCCUGAGAGGAGAAAGCUGCAGAAGGGGGGAAAUAAGGUUGAUUCUUGCUCUGUCCUCAUCAAACGCUGAGGACUCAUUUAGCUGAGUUGUGACUUUUCCCACAAAAAAAGCAAGGUGUGCCUAUGGCUGCGAUGUCAAUUAGAAGGAAGGCUUGGAUACAACAGAAGAGCCCAGAGUGGCAACAAAUCUACACCACUGACCUGCAAACUUUCCUAGUGGAAUCCGAUUAAUCAUGGCAGCAGAUUUCUGAGGGUCACUCCAGUUAAUUCUCCCCAUGUCAGUCAUAACCACUGUGGGGUUCACAGUGUUCACCCGAAUCUGGGACCAAGAGCAAAAACAAGAUCUAACCAUACUGCUGAGAGGAAAGGCUCGGGUUCAGCUUUCACACGUUUCUUUCCCUAAUGAAUCCUACCUUGUGGGGUCCCAGUUCCAGUGCCAUUACCUUGCUCAGCAUAUCCAAAGCACUUUUUGUGGAACCUGCAAGAAAAGGGAAGAACAGGAGGCAUUUAAGUGCACAGCACUUGGUCUGGAACACACACAAGUAUUUCACUGGCCUGAACUGGCAGCCAAGGCCUGGGUGGUUGUGGGUCUCCCUCCAGCCAGUCAAAACGGAGGGGCACAAACUUACAGUAAACAGCGUGAUCCCGCAGAGCACGCUGAGAGGCCUGGCUAGAGACAUUCACAAUUGCACCUGGCACCCCCUGUGCAAUCAUCUGCCGAGCAACAAUCUGGGGGGAGGGAGAAAACAAACAACAGGGAUGCCAGAGCCAUAACAGGAGAAAUUGUUUCAUUCAGUAGGAACCUUGCUGGGCUAUCAGGGUAAGCAAAAGAGAAAAAACACCUGGAGAAGGUCAGUCCUCGCUGUCUCCUAUGUACAAGAGUGUGAGUGAAGGGACUGUACAAGAGUGAAGGGGCUGUACAGGCAAGUUGUCAGGUUGACUAUGAACUGCAGUCGCUUUAGCCCCCACAGUAGGCACUUAUCUCUGCUGCACAGAACAGCUCAGUGACUGCUGCUGGUGGAGAUGACUGCAGGGACGGUUCUUCCUCACCUGGGAAACGUGGAGCACAGCCUGAAAAUUCACAUCGAAAGACCUACAAAUAAAUCAAAUGUAAAAGUUAAAGAGUGGUUGUAGCCCGGGUCAGAGAGGAGCUGACUUGGGAGGCAGCAGAGGACAAACGCUGCUGGUAUCUUGGUGAAAGAUUUACGACACGGUAAAGAAAAGCAAGUAGACAUAAGCAGCAACAAUCAACAAGUCCUGAGAAAGGGAACGUUAGUCUUUUCCAAGGAUGCACAUCUGCCCGGUGCCUGCGCUGCAGCUGCUCCCUUCCCUAAGAGACACCAGUUGCUGGUGGCCGUUCUGCCGAGGCUCGGCCGGGGCACUCACCGCUCCAGGGCCGGCCGCGUCACCUCCAGGAAGGGCUGCAGCACCGCCACGGCCGCGUUGUUCACCAGCAGCUCGAAGGGCCCCGCCGCGCCCACUGCCGCCUCCGUCGCGUCCCAGUCGGCCAGGUCCAGGCACAGCGCUUCGACGCCCGGGC